GCAGCGUUCACUGUGGAAGUAUGAUUUCUUCAUCUGACAGCGACAGUUCGGACUCUCUUGCGGUCAAGUUAUGGUUCGCGUCAAGGAGGAAAGCCAGAAGAUAUGGAGUUCACCCUUUGAAUCAAGAACGCCCUAAAGAAGGCUAUUUUCACACGUAUUUUCAGCGCUUGAAGACCUAUCCCGAAAGGUUCUCUGAACACGUCAGGAUGUCACUGUCCACAUUCGAGUACAUACUGAACAUGAUGACACCUGAAGUGGAAAUGCAGCUGAAUAUCCCUCCAAACGUCGUGAACCCUAUAUCUGUCGAGGAGCGGCUCGUAGUUACAUUAAGGUUUUUAGCAACCGGAAACUCCUAUGCAAGUCUGGCAGCAGAAUUUCGACUCGGGCAUACAACAGUUUCGGAUAUCGUCAAACAGAUGUUACCACUGCUGUGGAAAGUCUUACAGCCACUCCAUAUGAAGCCACCAACCGCGGAAGGCUUCAGAGAAAUUGCUCACAACUUUUACCGGAAGUGGGGAUUCCCAAAUUGUGCCGGAGCCAUAGACGGCAAACACAUCCGGAUACUAUCUCCAAAAUGGUCCGGAACUAUGUUUUUCAACUACAAGAGCUAUUUCUCGAUAGUCCUGCAAGCUGUCAGCGACGCAGAGUACAGAUUCAUUUUCAUUGAGGUCGGAUCUUACGGGAAGGAAAGCGAUGGAGGCAUUUUUAGGACCUCAACGUUGUACGACAGGAUUACAAAGGGUACACUUGGCAUCCCCGAAGACAGAGGCCUCCCGGAUAGCAACGUAGCGGCACCCUUUGUAUUCAUCGGUGACGAAGCCUACCCAUUGCUCAAGCAUCUGAUGAAGCCGUACGCAAGAAGAACCCUUGACCCAGCAAAAGAGAAGUUCAACGUAGCCCUUUCUAGAGCAAGGAAGACCAUUGAAUGUGCUUUUGGCAUUGCCGCUGGAAAGUGGAGAAUACUACGAAAGUCAAUUGAGACGAAUGUGGGCAUAGCGGAGUGGGCAGUUAAGGCAGCCUGUGUCCUGCAUAACGUCGUUAUUGACAAGGAAAACGUGGAUCUUCACCAUGCCGGGGACGUACUUUCCAGGGCCCCAACGGGAAGAAGGAAUCAUGGUGCUUCUGCCGAAGCCGUUGAAGUGCGCAAUCACUUCAAGAACUUUUUUAACGAUCUGUGAAGCCUGACCCGUGACGAACUGAACGAAAAAUUCUGUUGUGAGACAAUGUGACCUCAUUCCUGUGCCCCUUUUUUGACAUGCUUCUUGGUAUUAUUAAAAUACGUACUUGUUCCA